AUGGAUCACAACAACAAGACUAUCAUCCGAGAAUUUGUUUUAGUUGGGUUUCCAACCAGCAUGGAUCUGCAAGUGCUUCUAUUUGUGAUAUUCCUGGUGAUCUAUGUCCUGACUCUCCUGGAGAACAUUAUUAUCAUUGCUGUCAUCAAAACCAACCCUCAGCUUGACAAGCCCAUGUACUUCUUCCUCAGCAAUCUCUCUUUCCUUGAGACAUGGUAUGUCUGUGUGAUUGUCCCCAAACUAUUGAUUGAUUUCCUAGUGGAAGACAAGAGCAUCUCUUUUGAAGGGUGCAUGACUCAGCUCUACUUUUUCAGCUCCCUCAUAUGUACAGAGUGUGUUCUUCUGGCAGUCAUGGCAUAUGAUCGUUUUGUGGCAAUUUGCAAUCCAUUACGUUAUCCAGCAGUCAUGACCCAGCGCCUCUGCCUGCAGCUAGCAGUGGGUUCAUGGUUAACUGGCUUCUUGGCCUCAAUGCUAAAGGUUCUUUUCAUAUCUCGCCUGCCAUUUUGUGGCCCUAAUAUUAUUAACCACUUUUUCUGUGACAUUUCUCCAUUGCUAAAUAUGGCAUGUGAGGAUAUGACAGUGGCUGAAAUUGUGGAUUUUGUCUUAGCUUUGAUCAUUCUGUUGGUCCCACUUUCGGUCACCAUAGUUUCUUAUAUCUGCAUUAUUGGCACCAUUUUGCGCAUUCCCACUGUUCAAGGUCGGAAAAAGGCCUUCUCCACAUGUGCUGCUCACCUUACUGUAGUUGUCAUCUUCUUCUCAGCCACUCUAUUCAUGUAUGCACGGCCAAAGAGGAUCCACCCUUUUGAUCUCAACAAACUGGUGUCUAUUGUAUACACCAUUGUCACUCCAAUGCUGAACCCUUUCAUUUAUUGUUUGAGGAACCAAGAGGUCAAGGGAGCUCUCAAGAAAGUUUUCAAGAGCACUAGGUCUCUCCCCAAAGUUUUAAUUCCAGUGACUGCUAUUGAGUGA